UCCUCGAGUCACAUACCCCAUCAAGACUACUCCUUGAGUCACCUACCCUUCUCAACAUAUCACAUCACAUCCAAGAUGUCUCGCAAAGACUCAGUUGGCAAGCUGAUGAACUGGUUCGGCUAUGGUGCAGGUGCCGAGUGCCUACCCAAGGCAGUCAACGACGACAACUCGCCCAUCAGAGCCCUCCCUUCAAACUGGUACAACUCACCAGAGAUGUUCGACCUCGAGCGCCGCGCCAUCUUCUCCCGCAAGUGGCAACUCAUCACACACAAGAACCGCUUCAAGCAACCCGGAGACUGGCUCAAGUGGACGAUCACCGGUCUCGAAGUCGUCCUCUCCAUGGACCGAAACAACAAGAUCAACGGCUUCCACAACGUCUGUCGACACCGCGCCUACCCUGUCGUCACAAGUGGCGACAGUGGUAACUCCAAGAUCUUCUCAUGCAAAUACCACGGCUGGUCAUACGGUCUGAGCGGAAAGCUCGCAAAGGCCCCUGGUUACGACAAGCUCGACGACUUCAGCAAGGAGAACAACUCUCUCUACCCGAUCCACGUCCGCAUCGACCACCAAGGCUUCGUCUGGAUCAACUUGGAUGCCAAGUCAACACCAGAGGUCGCUUGGGAAGACGACUUCGAAGGUGUGGACACUCAAGAACGCUACGGCAUAUACAACAUGGACGACUACGAGUUCGACCACUCAUGGCAGAUGGAUGGCGAUUACAACUGGAAGAUUCUCGCCGAUAACUACAACGAGUGCUAUCACUGCGCUACAACUCACCCUGACAUCGGUGCUCUCGCCGAUCUUCACUCCUACUCCGUCGCCACCGUCAAGGGACAAAUCAUCCACGACGCCGCCACCACCGAGGAGCAACGCGCAAACGGCCUCGUCGUCGCAAGCACAUACUACUUCCCCAACGUCUCCACCAACAUCUCACCUCACUUCUUCAUGAUCCAACGCUUCGUCCCGCACUCCGCCGACAAAUCCACCAUGUCGUAUCAAGUCUUCCGCAACAAGCACUCUUCGGAUGCAGACUUCGACCUCGUCAGCAAUAUCUACAAGCGCAUCAUGUCUGAGGACAAGGCCCUCUGCAGUGCUGCCCAACAAAACCUCAACGCCGGUGUCUUUACCAACGGCGAGCUGCACCCCAAGUACGAGAAGGGUCCUCUCCACUUCCAGAAGACAUGCAGAGAGACCGUCGUCGGAUGGAGAGAGAAGGAACUCAGAGAGGGUGGCACAGAGAUCUGGCCGGCACGGCCGACAUUGCCAGAGACGGCGAAUGUGUCAAUUCAGGAUGAGGACUUUUGCAAAGGGUUGAGUUGCUCGACUCAGCCGCCGGAAGGACUGGCUUGGUAG